AUGUUCUCCUCCAGGCGAGCCGAACGGACAACCAAGAGCUUCUCCAAAGGCCACAAAGUCUCCAAGUCGAGCAGCCUCUUUCGCGAAAGCAGCGGCGUCUCCAAGAGGCGCCACGAGUCGUCCUGCCACCACCGUCGCCCAACCACGGCCUCCACCGAUGGUACCGCCAUGAGCAACGGCAUCACGUCCAGCGUCGUCACGCUCGUCGUCGGCGCCGAGCAGCGACUCUUUGCCGCCCACGACGACGUUCUCUGCGCCAGUCCCUUUUUCGCGCAGACGCUCCGCGCGAGCUACGCUGAUCCGGCCGGGGGCGCCAAGCGCAUCACACUGCCCGACGAGGAGCCAGAAAUCUUCAGCUCGGUGCUCGAGUACCUCUACAAGGGCGACUACUUUCCGCGGCUGGCGCACAACCAGCGCCGAGAUUCCUGGGAGAUGGAGACACAGACGACCGAGGAGGAGCAGCGGGCGCGGGUCGAGACCGUGUACCACCGCAGCUUUGACGGCGACCUGCUCAAGGACACGGUCAUUUACUGCGCCGCGGAACGCUACGGGCUCGCGGAGCUCAAGAAAAUUGCCCUACUGGGUGCUAACUUGAGCUUGGCAGAAUCUGGCAUCCAGUGCAGCACCAUCUUGGCGUCGGCUCGCUAUGCCUAUGCAAACACGCCCGACACGGACUCGAAGCUCCGGGCUCACUAUCUUGCCCUCAUCAUCCGCUCCCGCAACACGUUCAAACGCAGCGGGACGAUGCAGCUGGAGAUGCACAAUGGCGGCACGCCGCUCUUCUUUGAUCUAUUUGUCGCUCUCUGCAACCAUGUCGAUGACGUGGCAUCUGGACAAAACACGCCUAAAUCGAAACGCUUCGGCUUUUGA